AUGAGCUUCGAAGUGGAUCGUUACUCGCCGGCCUGGGCACACGUAGCCCUCUGUGCUGAUCUCACUUGGGCCUCCGAACCUCCAGAUGAUUUUAUCAUAGCCAAUCAGCGCCUAUUGGCACAACACUGCCGUGUCUCGCAAAUAUUACAGGACCAUACGACAGAGUCUUCGCAAAAUUCAAAGAACCGAUGUGAUGCAGCGGAGAAACACCUUGACAAUGCUAGAGCAAGUGGUCAGAGAAGCGUGAAAGACGUGAUACCGGAAUCUAGACUGGCUCAAUUUUAUGGAAACUUUUGUUACGACGAACACAGAGAGAGCUGCUACACAAACCCAAAUGACAUCAGGAUUCGCCCUUACUGCGCUCAGGGAUACGACAACUCCGAUGUCACUGAAUGCUGGAUGUUGCCUGAGGUUGAGUAUUGGUUUCGUAAGCUGAUGGAAGAUCCCUCGGAACGCAGCAUGGUGCCACGACGACGCAGGCAGUACCGAAUACCAGCUGAUGACGAUUUCGAGCGCUGGAGCCCGAUUGGCGCACGAAAUCUAGAGGAGGCGAGCCUGGAGGCCAGAGUGCGGAGUGUGCGUCAAUUGUGGGAGGACGAAGAACAAAAGCCACAGCCCACUCCACCCCAGAACUCUAGGAAGAUGAGGGCACGCCGCAGACAGCCACGACGACUCGGCGCCCUGGCCCCCCCUCCACCCCUCUAUUCUUUGGACACUUCAGCGCAACUAGUCUGUGACCCGACUUGUAAGUUCCAUUUUGAAUCUCCUAGAGCGCCGACCGCUGAUUUUCAGCGUGCAAUAAGCCGCUACUCCGCGAGUAUGCAGGCAUUAAUGCGAGCCACUGCGGCCAGAUGUCCCUUGUACCGGGGUACUAAUGUGAGCCGAUACGCUCCCACCGGACAGAGACCCUUAAGAUGCUCAGAUAGACGCUGCAUAUGGUGGCCGAAAGAUGCUCAGCCACCUAACAAGUAUUACCAAACAAAAAUACGUUCAAAACCACAACCACAGCCUGUUUCUACUGAUGAGGAAUUGGACAGGACUGAAAAUGUUAAAACACCAGAAGAACCUCUUGAGAGAUCAAAUAAACACACCGAAGAUGAGAUAGAAAAGCCAGAUAGCCCAAAAUUAAGAGAUAAAAUAGUAGAGGAUGAUCAAACGGCCUCUACAAGUACAGCUCCAACUACAAAUUCUGAACGAAAGAAACGACUUUACAGCACCGUCCUUAGCAUGAGUCCUCCGAUAAACAUAGCAGCAAGCUGCAUAAGAAUAAACAAGCUCUCACCUGGAAUUUUAAAACUGAAUCCAAAAAUUGUGCUACAGACACGCCUAAGAACUUCAACUGUAGAUAACAAAUUUGAGGAGCUUGAAAAGGAAGCAUUAGAACAAUAUAAGGCAUCAGACGAAAGCAUUGAUUCUAAAUUUCAAGAACUAGAAAAAGAAGCCGUAGAACAAUAUAGCACAAGUAACAGUAACACAAGCUGCAGUAGUGGACAUUCGGCAGAAAAGAAACUCAACUCUAUCAUGGAUAUCAAGAAAUCAUCAAAAUUUCCAAAGGAUAAAUCGGUUGAUAGUGUUGUUAUUUACUCCCAAAAUUUUCCGGAUCUCAAUGCAAGAGGGCACAGUAGCGUUACGAAUCUAAAAAACUCCCAUGUCCCCCAUAGGGGGGAAAAAAAAGAACUGAACCACAGAUUGUGUAAACCUUCUAAAAAGAAUAAAUCGGAGUCGCAUCAAGCUGGGUCUGACACAGAUUAUGAAUCGAGACACAAUAAAGCCAGUCAUAAAGGCGCUAUGCAUUGGACACUUCAUCUGAUGCCACCAAAAAAGAGACACUUGUCUUCUUGUGUAUCGGAUUUUUCCUCAGAUGAUGAUUUAGGAGAACCACCAGGUUUUAUUAAAGACAGGCCUUGUAUUAAGCACCACUUGACUGGAAAAUUUAAAAUGUCGGCCCAUGGUGCGGGAGAUUUACAGCCAAUCAUAAGAAAAACAUAG